AUGUUCAUCUGGGAGUUUGGAAAUGACUUCACAGGAAAGAAGGCAAGUGAAUAUAAAGGACUGGUAAGGUUUCUGCAAAUACAGAUGCAGGUAAAAUCAUUUCAGGAGGCAGAGAGACUGGGUACUAUAGAUCAAAGGAAGUUUAGAGCCUGAGCCUUUGAUGAAGACACUAUAACUAACACAGGGAAAUAAGAGUUGGAAAUAAGGUAAGUUAGAGCUAGCUUAUUUUCUUUUAUCCACUAGUGCCUGCAUUUAUUCAGCAAAUACUUCUUAGGACCUACUAAGUGCAAGCUUUAGUAUAUCAGAGUAGCAAAAAGGUCCUUUUCAAUAUGUGAAGUUUUAAAAUUAUAGCUAUGGAAUCACGGAUAGUGAUAACAUUGAUUCUUAGCAAUUACUAAUAAGUUAAUUAGUAGGCAUCAAUGUGAGGUAUUUUAUUUGAAUACUGCUGCGUGAGAUGUCAUAUUUUGGGGAGAGAGUUGGUAGUUUCGAAUUACACUGCUUCUCAUUUUCAGUUGUUUCUAAAUCUACUAUUUGAAUUAAAAUUAACUUAUUUAUAUUUAAGCUGCAAACUAGGAUAUUUGUGGCUCUAUUUCACAAGUAUUGGUUGUUGUAACAAUAUUGUUGCAGGGCCUGGGAUUUACCUCAGCGGCAUAAACACCUGCCUUGCAAGCGCGUGGUCUUGAGUUCGAUCCCCGGUACAAAAAAGAAAAGAAUGUUGCUGUAUUAAAUUUUUAAAAGAGAGAGAGAAAGACUUAACAGUCACUGAUGAUGAUUUUUUUUCUUUUGCCAAAAGGAUUCCUUAUUGAAAAGGAAUUGCUGUAAACUUUAACUAGCCAGCUCCCUCCUGGCGAAGUUAUAAGAUCAGAGCGUUUGUAGAACACACUGCACCAAGAUACAACUGUACUCACACUUGGUUUAGACUCACCUUCCCGCUCGCUGUUGUCCUUUCCCUCCCCGCCUCCACGCUUCCCUGCUCCCCGUAUCACCUCGCACACGGUGAGCAAAUCUCGAAGCCCGCGGCCCGUCCCGCCUGCCCGCCCGCACCUGAGCUGCGCGCCCACCCGGGGCCGCAAAUCGACGGCCCGCACGCCCCGUCCGUCCGACGCGGCCCGGGUCUCCGGGGCAUGCGCGCUGCGGCGCCGCCGCCCUCCCCCACCCUUCCCGCGGCGGAGUUAUGCCAAGUAUGUGAGGAGCCGGCAAGGGCCAGCCCCGGUCAUGGGGGGCCGCCGCCGCCUCCUCGAGUGCUGCGUUCUCCACAGCGGCGUUCCGACCUCUCCCCGCGGCGGGCAGCCCGGCUGCUGAGGCGGAGGGGAUGGCUGACCCCCUGAGGAGGACCCUUUCGAGACUCCGAGAGAGGCGGGGUCCCCGCGGCUCUGCCACGGCGCCGGCGGCGGCCUCUUCGGCUGCCGAAGGAGACACCUGGGGCGCCCUGGGCUCCCCCCGACGGGAGCAGGCUGGCGGCGCCCGGCGGAGCGCAGAGCCUCCCCCGCCGUCGCCUGGGGCCCCGGGACGGCGGGGGGCUCGUGGGCCAGGGUGGUUCGGCGGGCAGGAGGCCGCCCCCCAGGGCCACGCUCGCGCUUCUGCGCCCUACUCGGAGGACAGCGCGGAGGAGGAGGAGGACGGUGCGGACGCCGACGCCGACUACUACGAGAACCUGCCCGGCAGCGCCUGGCCCGCGGCCCGGCCCGCGCCUGAGGGGGCGGAGGCGGAGCGGCGGCCCCCGCCUCCCUGGCCGGCGGGCUCCUCCCCGGGGGCGGAGGGCUGCCGCCUGGAGACGGGCAGGCUGCGGACCCAGUUGCGUGAGGCCUAUUAUCUGCUGAUCCGGGCCAUGCAUGACCUGCCCCCUGACUCGGGCACGCGGCGGGGCGGCUUGGGCUCGGCGGAUCGCGGCAGCCCCGCGGGAGCCCGGGCUGCUGGCCUGCCGCCUUUUCCCCGCGGCGCCGCCCAGCGCCGCGCCUGCCGCCGGGCCCUGCAGCCGGGAGGCGGCGACUGCCCCCGGCAACAGGUGUCCCCGCCCUGGUCGCCUCUGCGGGAGUCGGGGGCCGGCGGGCUGCGCUGUCCUCGGAUGCGGCUGUCCCGCAGCAGAAGUCUUGAGAGUCUCCAGGUGGAUGCCAAGCUGCCAGCCUUCCAGCGGUGGCCAAGCGACAGCUAUAUCAGGUGCGGCGCGCGCGGGGACCGGGACGAGCCCCCGCCACGUGGAGGCGGGAUGGACGGCUGGAGCUGGGGCGGCGGCGCCCGGGCGACAGAGCCCGCCGACCUCCUGCGUCGCGGCACUCGCCAGCCCGGCCGCCCCUCGCGAAGCCCAUUCGGGGAUCCUGCGGGCACCUAUGUGGUAGCCAGCGGCAAAGACGACUGUCCCGAGGGGCCCCCCUUCCUCAGGCCACCUGCGGUGACGGUUGGGAAGCUGCAGAAGUGGAUGUACAAAGGGCGCCUGCUGUCCUUGGGAAUGAAGGGUCGCGCCCGCGGGCCAGCUCCGAAAGUCCCGGGAGCACCGGCAGCCUCUGCGAAUGCGAGCCCAUUGAAAGUGCAGGAAAACCACGGCCUCUCGUUGCCUCCAGACCAAAGAGUCACACUGACAGAUUUAUUGGAAGAUGUUUAUGGCUCUUCAGUGAAGAGAAGAGAACUUGAAGAUCUGAAGGAUAACAUAGAAUUCACAGGUCAUAAACCACUGAACAGCAUCACUGUUUCAAAAAAACGCAACUGGCUCUAUCAGAGUAGUCUAAGAGCUCUUAAUCCAGAAGAAGAAAAUAAAAAAUACCACAAUAGAAGCAAUUUAUCCGUCUCACCUGUGUCUCCACCUUACCAUCAACUAUCACAACCUUUCCUGAAAUCAUCUGAAGAAUAUUGUACAUAUAUGGUUUGUAAUGCUACAGACUCUUCAUUGUCAAGAAACUGUUCUAUAGAUUUUAAUGAGGAAAAUGAUGCAGAUGAUGAAGGAGAAAUAUGGUACAAUCCUAUUCCUGAGGAUGAUGACCUUGGCAUGUCAAGUGCUUUGAGUUUUGGAGAGGCAAACCCUGGUACCCUAAAGCUUCCUGUGACCAGUUUGAGCAUACUUUCUGAUAGUGAUCUAAUGAAAGCAGAGCAGCAUACUGAAGAUUUGUUGUGUUCUUCCGAACACAUGGGUGAUAUUCAGACCAUGCAGUUAAAUGAAAUGAAUCCUACAAAUUUCAUCCAUUCUACAGAAUUUGUGACACAGCACACGCAAAGGCUAGGACGUAAGACACAAGAAGAUAUGAUGGUGGAGGACAGCCCCAUAUUGAAAUCUCCUUUUGCAGGUCCUGGUGUCUUAGCUGCUACAAAUAGAACUGAAUUGGGAAUCAUGGAACCAUCUUCACCAAGCCCGAGCCCUGUGAAAAAAGGCAGUUCAAUUAGUUGGUCUUUACCAGAUAAAAUAAAAUCUCCACGAACUGUGAGGAAACUUUCCAUGAAAAUGAAGAAGUUACCAGAAUUUAGUCGAAAACUAAGUGUUAAGGGAACCUGGAAUAAUAUAAACAGUCCAGAGAGUACACCUUCCUUUUCUAAAAGUAGCUGUAGAGAAGUUCAUCAUACUGUUAUUCUACCUUCUGGGAAUACUACCACCGCUGCCAAGAGGAAUGUUAUAAGCCUGUACCAUCUUGAUACUACUGUAUCUUCUCAGCACAGCUACCAGAACAAAACCUCUGUGAAUUCAAAAUAUUCCUGCAAAGGUGGUUAUCUCAGUGAUGGAGACUCACCUGAACUUAUAACUAAAUCUAGCAAACAUGGACCUGAAAACAAAUUUGGAAAAGGAAAAGAAAUCAUUCCAAGUAGUUGUAAAAAUGAAAUAGACAUAGAUGCUUUUAGACAUUAUAGCUUUUCUGAUCAACCUAAGUGUUCACAGCACAUAUCUGGGCUCAUGAGUGUACAUUUCUAUGGGGCUGAGGAUUUAAAACCCCCUCGGAUAGAUUCAAAAGACGUCUUUUGUGCAAUUCAGGUAGAUUCAGUAAACAAAGCAAGAACAGCCUUGCUCACAUGUCGGACAACAUUUUUAGACAUGGAUCACACUUUCAACAUAGAAAUUGAAAAUGCACAACAUUUGAAAUUAGUAGUAUUCAGUUGGGAGCCCACUCCAAGAAAAAAUCGAGUGUGUUGUCAUGGAACUGUUGUUCUGCCUACCUUAUUCAGAGUGACAAAGACACAUCAAUUGGCUGUCAAACUUGAACCUAGAGGUCUUAUUUAUGUGAAAGUGACUCUCAUGGAACAGUGGGAGAAUUCUCUUCAUGGAUUAGAUAAAAAUCGAGAUUCAGUAUUAUUUGGUGUUGACAUUCAAAAAGUUGUAGAAAGAGAAAAUGUAGGAUUGAUGGUGCCACUCUUGAUACAGAAAUGUAUUAUGGAAAUUGAAAACAGAGGCUGUCAGGUAGUAGGACUGUAUCGAUUAUGUGGUUCGGCAGCAGUCAAGAAAGAACUUCGAGAGGCUUUUGAGAGGGACAGCAAAACUGUUGGUCUUUGUGAAAACCAGUAUCCAGAUAUAAAUGUAAUAACAGGUGUUCUUAAGGAUUAUUUAAGAGAGCUUCCUUCUCCUCUGAUAACAAAGCAGCUUUAUGAGGCUGUAUUAGAUGCAAUGGUAAAAAGUCCUUUGAAAAUGUCAUCCAAUGGUUGUGAGAAUGAUCCAAGUGAUUCUAAGUACACUGUUGACCUGUUGAAUUGUCUGCCGGAUGUUGAGAAGGCAACCCUAAAGAUGUUGUUGGAUCAUUUGAAAUUGGUGGCUUCUUAUCAUGAAGUGAAUAAGAUGACUUGUCAGAAUUUGGCUGUGUGUUUUGGACCAGUGUUAUUAAAUCAGAGGCAAGAGACUUCUACUCAUAACAACAGAGUCUUUACUGAUUCAGAAGAACUGGCAAGUGCUUUGGAUUUUAAAAAACAUAUUGAAGUUCUUCAUUACUUACUCCAACUCUGGCCAGUGCACCAUGUAACUGUCAGAGAAUCAGCAGACAGUUUAUUCGCAGAGCAGUCAUCUUCUCUGAACUAUUUGAGGCGGAAAAAAGAACGACCUUCUAUGUUAAAUUUGAGUAGUGCCAAUUCAUUGGGAGUACUUAGGCCAAGGCAGACCAGAUUAGACAGUCCGCUUAGCAAUCGUUAUGCAGGAGACUGGAGCAGCUGUGGAGAAAACUACUUUUUAAAUACAAGAGAAGAUUUAAAUGGUGUGGACUAUGAUGAUGUACCUUCAGAAGAUAGAGAAGAUAGGGAAGGUUAUGGAAGAAUGGAGGGACCAGAAAUAAUGAUUGAACAGCCAAUUCCCACAUCCAGAGAAUGCACAUUUCAGUCAUAUUUGAGAAUGCAGACAAUUGAGUCCACUGUGGACCGAAAAGUUAAUCUCAAAGAUCUACAAGAAAGUAUUGAUACUUUGAUUGGCAACCUGGAACGUGAACUCAACAAAAACAAGGUCAACAUAAGUAUUUGAUAUUGAGGCAUUUUAUCUGAUUUUUAGUGUCUUAAAGUUUCAGAUUACUCAUUUUCUUUUAUUAACUUUACAGUGUUUUUAUUUUUUCACUCCUGAAACCUUCAGUUAGUUUCUAACAAGUUCAUAUGAUUCAAUUAAAAUCACUAUUCAGUAAUAUAAUUUUUACUUAUUUCAUUAGAAAAUUUUUCCAGAAAUAAAGGUAACCUGAAUUGUUUGCAGUAUUUUAAUGAACCUUGCCAGUUCUAUGGAGGUUACUUUCUAAUAUACUUGUAAGGUUAAGGUAAGUUACAAGCUCAAGUUUUUGUAUUUUGUAGGAACUGCUUUUCGAUAGCUGAGAUAGAUGCUCCCUUUAGUAAUAACUAGUCCUUGUCCCAGAGGAACACUGCAGCUGCUCAGUGUGAUUUGCAGUAGGAAUUCUUGUACACUGCAACAUCAUGUGGUCUCAUUUCAUUUGCAAUGCAAAUGCUGCUAUAAGAAAACUUUUGUAUAAAUAAAAGAAAAAUUAUACAAAUAUUAAUGUAUUCUAUAUUAACAUUCAGUAAUUAUUUAAGCUUAUACAAAUUAUUUUUAUAAUCCUAAAAGUAUGUAUAUAUUUAUAAGUGCAUAUAUGUAUAGAUAUUAGAGUGAAAGGGUUGACUAUAGAAUCACUUGUAUUUUUUAAGAUAUAUAUGUCAUAGCACCAAAAUUAUUGACUAAAAAUUUAAGUUAAAGAAAGAUUUACAUAAAAACAUUAAAAUAUAAACACUCUAGGAGCAUCUGAAGGAAAUAAAUAGUCUUUCCUUUUUUGAUUUAUAGGCAGUUGCAGUAUUCCCUGUGAAAAGUCAUCUUUCUUUUAAAGUGACAAAAUCCUUCAAUCGUUAAGUGAUAAAGUUCCCAGCUUUCUGCACUAGUAACUUAGAUUUUAAAAACUUCAACUCUUCUAUGCAUUUUAUAUUCUAUGAUGUGUUAAAUAUUUAUUUUAGUGGCACAUGUAUAAUAUUGACUUUACAAUUACACCAUUUGUUUCUAAAGAAAGCAUCUUGCCAGCAUACUACGUGGUACUGAUUUUUUAAAAUUAACUUAUUUGGGCUAAAUAUAUUUGUAAAUUAGUUAUCAUAGAUAUCACAGCCGUGAUUGAAGAUGUAAAUUAGAAGACUUUUAAAUCGGAAAAAUUUUAAAACUUUUAUACCUACAGAAUUGUGUAAUUUUAAAAUUAUAAAUAAAAUUUGAAUUAUCAACUUUAGUGUGUAACAGGCAUUAAGCUGACUUUGUCAUUUUUUAAAACUAUGAUAUUUGACUAUCCCUAUGCAAUAUACAUUGAUAAACAGAACACUAUUUAUUUUGAAAGUAUAAAAAAAUAACUAUUUUUAUAAGAAAUAUUCAUUUUUUAAAACUUUGUAUAAUGAUUUAGAAUUUUAAAAAAGGUGAUAGGCAUGUUAUGAGUAAACAAGUCAAUUGUUUUAGAGCUGUGCAUGGUGGUGCAUGCCUGUAAUCCUAGGAGGAUAAUAGUAAGUUCAAGACCAGUUGGAGCUACAUAGAGAGACUCUGUCUCAAAACAAUAAACAAAAUUUUUUUUUUACAUUGUACUGUUAAAAGUUUUGUGGGGAAACUGUCUCAGUUUUUUUUUUUGUUUAUUAUAUCAUACAUAUUAUAUGAAUUGAGUAAGUUGUUCCAGAAAUAUAAAAAUUUUAUUAAAACAGUAUAACCUUAGUGUCAUGCUAUUAUUAUAAUUAUUUUAAGACUCUUUUAAUACUCUUAAAACAUAUUCUGCAUUAAGGUAUGUAUAAUAGCAAUUAUGAGUCCAAAAUUGAAUUUUCUAGAGUCUGAAAUACUUUAAGGACCAUACUUGUAUUAUUAUUUUAUUCUGAAUGAGAAUAGUUCUUAAAAUUAAUCUCUACACCUAAUGUUUGUUUGUUUAUUUUUUGGUAUCAGGAAUUGAACUCAUGACCUUGUGCUGUGCCCCUGCGCUAUAUCUAGCCUGGGCCCCAUUCUGCCAGUUUAAAUAGAGAAUUCUAAACUUUUGUUGUUGUUUUUGUUGUUGUUGUCUGAAUCAGAAUACUAGCUCUAAACCUCUGUUACUAACUGCUGCUUUCAAAAGUGCUGAAUGAAUUUAAAUGCCUUCAUUUUAAGUAGCCUUUUACUUCAAAUCUUUUUGAGGUUUUAUAACUGCUUUUUGUAAUUUCGUGGACUCUUCCCUACGUAGAAUGUCAACCAUCAUUUCUUUCCGAGCCAUCAGCUUUGACGUUUAAGGAUUAAAAAUAACUUUAACUUCAGUGCAUGUACCUGGGUAAAAAUUCUGAACAAUUUAGACAGAAAAUUAAAAGGACUUCUUCCUGCCAUCCACAGUUUUAUUGAUGCUAUCCUAAGCAGGAUUUGUUGAUUGUCUGCUGUGAAUGCAUUUUUGGUUACCUUUAUAAGUUUAGUUAUCUUUAUUUCUUAAUUCAUUGAUUUUAAACAGUCUUUUGUGCCUCUCUACCAUUGAGGAAAUGGGUAGCUCUGUACUUUCAACUUAUAAUCACUUCCUUAUUUCUAUAAAUUAUACUGUUUAUGUGCCAAUGUUAAUAGAUGUUUAUUAUUUCGUGGAUUUACCCUUGACUUAUAUUUUCCCUGUAUAUAUUGAUUUCAAAAACUGCAAAUCAGUAACUAGUUGUUGUGCUAGAGUAUGUAAAGUAUUCACAAUAACCAGAUGACUUAUCUCUUUAUGCAUAUCGUCUUUAUAUCUUUAAGUUUAUGCUGAUUUAAUCAAAAUGUUCCAAGUAUAAAGGAGGAAAUUUUUUUCUUUCACAACUACCAUUCUUCAAAUCAUGCCAUGAGUUAUCUGCUUUAUAAUUGGGUCAUGGCUUUUGCAUAUUUUAUUUUUCCUGGAAUAUGUAAUUGCAAAUACAUUAACUUUUUAAAUCAUACUAUCGAAUGGCAAAAUUUGUUCAGAAUGCUUUUAGUUCUCAUCCUGGGAUGCCUGAAGUAUAUUCUUGUUUCUGUAUUUCUUUGCCAGAACAAAAAUAUCUUCUACCCUAUGAGAUUAUUGUUUUAGUUACUUUUCUUUGUGUUGAUACAAAACACUCAACAUCCCUUUGGGAGAAAGGUUUAUGUAGCUCACAGUUUAUAGAGGUUUCAGUCCAUAGUUGGCUGGCUCCAAGGCAAGGUGUCUUCACAGAGGAGAACAAUUCAUGGUGGGCAGAAGACAACAAAGCAACAAGAGAGCAAGAGACAAGCUCGUUCUGUCCAUUAUAUUGUAUCCAGUCCACUGAGAUUAGGACAGUGCCUGUCCAAUCAGUGGACUGAUCCAGCAAUCACCUACCCUCAUCUCAGCAUCUUUAAUCCCAGCAUUGCACUAUGAGCCAGUCACAUGCUCUAAAUUCAACUGCCUUCGGAAAAAACCCUAUCAUGGCAUGAGGCUUUGGGGGACAUCAAGACAUAACUGUAACAAUCAUUUUAUGCAUCUUAAUCAACUUUAUAAAAUUUAGAUUUUUAGUUCUUACCUUGUGAUGUAUUGUCUCUUAGUCCUGUGGUUUAUCUUGUGUUCAGAGCCCCCUGUUUCUUGAAUUUUUAAAAAUAUAUUUGAAAGUACUCUUUUUGUGGUGUCUUUACAAAUGGUACAUGGAAGUAAAUUUUGAAUACUUGCAGGUCUGACCAGGCCUUCUUCAUCUUUAUUUUGAUUGGGUCUGCAAUCUUACAUUGUCUCAUUGUCUUUUAAAAUCUUGAAGGCAUUUUACUGUUACCUUCAAGCACCAGGUUUUGUAGUAACCUAUCAGAGGAGAAACAAUAAAAGUAGUGAGAGAUGAUUGGAUUAUGGCUACAUUUUGAAUUGGGGGCCAAGAGAAUGUGACAGUGGACUAUAGGAAAUAAGACCUAGCAACUUAAUAGAUUGCCAUGAGAUUGAAUGAACUUUUUCAUAUUUUUAAAAUGUGUACCUUGUAUUAGAUGGUAUUAUAAAUAGUUAUCAAAAUGUCUGAAUAAUGUUCUGGUAAGUAAUAGUGCAUUUGUACUUGGUGACGGUCCUCUAGCCCAGUCAUCAUCGGAAGCAGAAAGUCUUCAUUGUAUAAUUUGUCCAAGUACAUACAUAUAACUGUCCUUGGAAAUGUACAGAUGUAUAGCUUUAUAUGAGGGAAUCUAAAGAAACAGAUUUGGGUAGUGCUACGGUUCUGAAAAUAAUUUUGUUUCUGGACCACGGGAUGACUUUGAAAGUUACAAUUCUGUAAUUUAAAAACAUUUUUAGAUAUUUUUAUAUGAUAUAGUUAUGUUUAACAAGUCCCAAGGACUUCAGAAUAAGCAGAAAUACUCUUGCCUUCAUCCCUAUUUUUGACUUGGGAUCCAUUAAGAUUUGUAUUUGAUGAGCUGUGAAGUGUUAUAAGUCAGAGUUCUUGGUUGCAUUCUGACUUAGCCAAAAAACUGAUUGGCUGCCUCACACAGAUAGUAAAUUUGUUGAAAAAAUAGUAUGUCCAGAACAAGGCUGUUUUAGAGUUCUGACUGAGUUUAUAUUGUGGUCUAGGUAGUGGUUUCACGGGUGAUGACAUAUGUCAAGUUGCAUAACUUAAAAUUUGUGGCUUUUAUAAAUCAUACUCCAAUUUUUUAAGUUUAUUAAAAAAUUAAGUCAAAAUAGACUUGGGAAUAGAAAUGGAGAGAGGCUAAAGGGUCAGGAGGACAGCAGUCAAGAUCAUGUCUGGCUUGUAAGCGGAGGCAGGGUGGCAGACUGCAGCCCUUCCAGAGGGAGAACAGCAGUGUCUCCUGAGAUCCACGCCAUGUUGGAACUUAGGACUCUGGGAAGCCAAGCCAACACCUCCCCUCCCUGGUAAGCGGCAGUAGUUUAGCCCACUGCAGCCCUUCCAGGGGGAGAACUAGCAGUGUCUCCUGAGAUCCACGCCAUGUUGGAGCUUAGGACUCUGGGAAGCCAAGCCAGCACCUCCCCUCCCUGAUUUAUUAUGUAUGAAGGCAUGGACAACUAUUUCAAAGAAAACAAGAAUCAUUAUGGUAGUCACUGUAGAUUUCCUGUUGCCUUGUUUUGAAGCCCUGUGUUGCUGGCGUCGUUCUGUUCUGAUCACCUUUGUUCUGUUUUGUUUUUUUUUAUUCUUUUCAAAAAAAAAAGUUUAAAACAAAAACAAAACCAAAAGAUCAUGUCUGGCUGAUGCCGCUACCCCCACACAACACUGUGGCCACCGUUGGAAUUAACCAAACAUCUUGGCCUCUUCUGUACAUCAUUCUUGGCUCAAGGUCCCUGCCCGAAGCAUCAGAUUGUACUCCAAGCUCCAGGACUCAUCCUUUCCCUAAAACUUACAGUGGUAUAUUCUGUGACUGCAAGAAAGGAAUAUGAAACUGGCAACUGUCCAUAACACGUCCCUGAAGUCCACCUUGCCCUAUUGUCCUCAAAUUGGAGUCUUUCCUCCUCAACCCUGUGUUUCACCUAUGUGUCUGAGUCCGAGUGCUGGAUGUCCUGAAACUGCGCUUCAGUUUGUUACUGCUAGUACCACAACCCAAGCCACUAUCUUGUCAGUCUUUUUAUUUUACCUCUACUAUCACUCUCCUUUCCAUCUCCCCAUCCUGACAGUCUAUCCAAACAAAAGUGAUCAGAUCAUUUCCCAGACCUUUUCCCUUGCUCCUAAUGCUUUAGCAACCCCCAAAGCCUGAUCCAUGUCUGAGGAGCUUGGCGUUUGCCAUUCAUUCCCUGUGUCUGGAAAGUUCUUGAUUCCAUUGACUUAGGUACUCCUUUUCUUAUUACCCAUCUCUAGUCAAAUGUUGCUUCAAAGAACCUGCCUCUAAAAGCAGGUCAGUACCUGGCUCUGAGAACUAGGGGGAAGAAAGAUGGAGAUUUCUGUUUCUUAUAACAAGUACUAAAUAUUUAUAAAAAGGCUUUUAUUAAACUUUAUACAUUUAUAACUUUGGUAAAUGUUUGUAUUUAUGUCAGAUUUUAAAAUAGAAAUUGAAAAACAAUACCUACCCUUUGUCUCUGUAAUGUCACCCUAGCAUAUUUUCAUCAAGUUGUUUACUGAAAUUACCUUGUUUUAUUUAUUACCUGUGUUCAUCUCACUAGACUUGAACAUAGACUUGGCAGCAAAGACUGUAUAUCUAGUUUAUUGCUGUAUGCUUAGGGAGUAUAAGUAGAAGAUGCUUAAUUGUUAAUAAGUGAAUGUAUAAAGGAGUAGUUGGAGAAUGGUUAUUUUUUAUUAAUGACUGGGACUAUAAGAUGCAAUGUUUUUGUAUUUUAAAAAUACUGACUCCUGAAUAAUAAAUUAUUUAUGGAUAAGGAAGUAGUAUCUUUUUUUUCCCUUUUUUUGGUACCAGGAAUCAAACUCAUGACCUCAUGCUUGCCAGGCAGGUGCUGCACUACUGAGCUAAAUCCCUAGCCCCCCAAAGCAGUAUCUUAUUAUCUUAAUAAUUUAUCUUUCAGAAUUAGAGUGGUCUUGGGAAAAUUAGUGACUAAAAGUAUGUUGAUGAGGUAAGUUUUUGAAUAAGUUUUUGUUGCAGAGUAGAGUAGAAAUAGUUACUUAACAUCUGUGAAAUGGUGUAUCUCACCACAAGAAAGGAAGAUCUGAAAGCUUUUAUUAAAAUGUAUUAUUUCUCUACAGAAAUGGUAAACAAAAUAUGUCCUCUUAAUUAAUUUAAACCUGGUUCACUAGAAUAUACAUUUUCUCUCUAAAACUGGGAAAACUGAUUUUACUUUAUUAAAAGAAAAUAUUUUCAUACACUUUAAUGAACCCUAUAGAUAAGAGUUCUUCCUUACUAAACAGAAUCGCAAAGAAACUACUUUUGGAAAAUAGUACUACAUUUAAUAUUUUUAUUUUUCUUCCAUUUCAAGUGUUUGUUUUCAGCAAAUGAGAAGCAACCUUUUUAAAUACUGUUCUUGGAUUGGAAUAACUUAUUUAUUUGAUAAAUAAUAAACACUCAGCAUGUUUGUAAGUCAUUUUGGGGUAACUGUCCUGUUUUGCUUCUUGGAGGUAUAGUGCAAGUUUGGUGUUGAUUUCAGUAUUUAUGUGCAGUACUUUGGAAAUUCCACUCUUGAAGAUAGAACUUUCCCUGGGGGUUUAAAUUCCAACUUUAGAAAAGUACAGUGAAUGUCAGAUCAAGAGAGGGAAAACCCCUUCACUUUGACAUUUUUCGUGAAAGUUAUGAAACAGCAUACCUAUUGCUUACAUUUCUUUCUCACAGCUGCAGAUAUUGAACAGUGACCCCUUGUUCUUGACCUUUGCUCAAAAAGUGUGAUGCAGGUUAUGAGCCUAUUUGUGUCUCUUCUUGCCUUUUCCUCCCCAUAGCCAUCAUAAAAUUUACUCUUUAACCUAAGUGCAAUUCUUAAUCAUUAGGUAACUGAGAAAGUGCUUGUCUAAACUGGUAGAUAAGAAAUGUCAGUGCUUCACUGAGUAAGAAAAGUUCUUUUAAAAAUACUUUCUUUAUGAAUAUCUACAUACUUUACAUUAAAAUAAUUAAAAGAGAAAUGUCAGUGCAUAACAUGUCUGUCCAAGGGUAUAAAUCUGUUUGAUUUGUACACUGUAUCAAAAUUCGCCUGUCAAGCCAAGCAAACCUAUACAUAAAAACCUAAGAUCUUUUUUCUUUCAACAAACUUGAAUAUUGUAUCUACUACUGUAAGUGUAAGCAUUUUUGUGUAUUUGCUUGAUCAUAUCUAUCUGUUAUCUAUCUUAAUUUUUGGUGCAUUGCAAACUAAGCUCUUAAGAGUAAGUAAACUCCAUAGUGGCUUUUUUUUUUUUUUUUUUGGUACCGGACAUCAAACUUCUACCACCUUACAACCUUCACAACUUCUACCAUAUUCAAGGACCACGUAUAAUGUUUUCUUAUUUCUCUAAAAAUCUUUAAAAAAUUAAUUUCCAGGGUAAAGCUUUAUAUUGCUAUUUAAGUGGAAAGUCAGUAUCACUUGUAUCAAUAAGCAGUGUUUAUUGUGUGUACACCAAAAUAAAUUCAAAUUUAUUAAGACUGCA